UUCCAAAAAUAACCCCCUCCGGUUCCCCUUCAGACGGCUACAGUGCCGGGGAGGGAGCGCGAAGGUGCAGCGGCGGUGCGUGCCCAGCCGCAGAGCAGCGCGGACUUGAGGCUGUGGGCGCGCAGACCCCGCCGCUCACGCCGCGCAGCCCUAGCUGGGGGAGAGCUAGGCCCGAGUCAACUGCUUCGAGGGGCCCCUAGACGUGAGGAAACGGGCCUCGAGGAGUGUCGAGAGAGCAGUCUGCUAAAGCUCGGGCUCGCCCACUGCAAAACCCUGAGCGGUCACUCGCGCCCACCGGCCAGGCGCCAUGAGGCCGCCGACUAUCGCCCGCUGUACGGGGCGCGCCCUGCGGAACCCCUGGAGGGCCUUCCUGCCGCUUACCUUGGCUCUCUUGGUGGGCAUGGGGCAUGCCCAGAGGGACCCCAUGGGAAGAUACGAGCCGGCUAGCAGGGACGCGAAUUGGCUGCGGCGCCCCGGGGGUAGCCACCACGCCGCGGCUGCAGCCAAGGUGUACAGUCUGUUCCGAGAGGAGGACCCGCCCGUCCCGGGCUUGAGGCCCGCGGAGCGGACCCAGCUCAGCUGGGGGAACCCCAGGAGGCCCGCUGAGACCGAGGCCAGGAGGCCGUCCCGCGCGCAGCAGCCGCGCCGAGUCCAGCCACCUGUGCAGACCCGGAGAAGCAGUCCACUGGGCCAGCAGCAGUCUACACCCCGGGCCCGGGCAGCGCCGGCUCUCCCGCGCCUCGGGACCCCGCAGCGGUCAGGGUCUACAUCGCGAGGGCGGCUCACGGGGAGGAACGUCUGCGGGGGACAGUGCUGCCCAGGGUGGACAACAGCAAACAGCACCAACCACUGUAUCAAACCCGUGUGCCAGCCACCGUGCCAGAACCGAGGCUCCUGCAGUCGGCCCCAGCUCUGCAUCUGCCGCUCUGGCUUUCGUGGAGCCCGCUGCGAGGAGGUCAUUCCUGAGGAGGAAUUUGACCCCCAGAACUCCAGGCUGGCACCCCGACGCUCAGCUGAGGGGUCACCCAACUUACGCAGGAGCAGCGCAGCUAGAGGAGGUCCUGUGGCCAAAACACAGCCACCGGAGCCACAGUUGCCACCAGCUGGGACCCUGAGUGGGCUCAGCCAGGUCCUCCCCUCCCAGCAGCACACGGGGCUGUCCCGGACGGUCCGACGUUAUCCAGCCAAUGCUGCCAGCGGCCAGCUGACUUCCAAUGCUCUGCCUGUGGGCCUGGGACUGGAGCAGAGGGAUGGUCCCCAGCAGGCAGCGUCUCCAGAUCAUCUUUCUUCCCCUUGGGGGCAGAACCUCACAGAGAAAAUCAAGAAGAUCAAGAUCGUCUUCACCCCCACCAUCUGCAAACAGACCUGUGCUCGCGGGCGCUGUGCCAAUAGCUGUGAGCGGGGCGACACCACCACCCUGUACAGCCAGGGCGGCCAUGGGCAUGACCCCAAGUCCGGCUUCCGCAUCUAUUUCUGCCAGAUCCCCUGCCUGAACGGAGGGCGCUGCAUCGGCCGGGAUGAAUGCUGGUGCCCCGCCAACUCCACCGGGAAGUUCUGCCACCUGCCCGCCCCGCAGCUGGACAGGGAGACUUCAGAGAGGGGCUCCCGCCACAGGGCCCUGUUGGAAGGCCCCCUGAAGCAGUCCACCUUCACACUGCCUCUCUCCAACCAGCUGGCCUCUGUGAACCCCUCGUUGGUGAAAGUGCACAUCCAACACCCACCCGAGGCCUCAGUGCAGAUCCACCAGGUGGCACGGGUGCGGGGUGAGGCGGACGGGACCCUGGAGGAGAACAGCGUGGAGGCCAGAGGCCCACCCCAGCUCCCCUCCAGCCCAGGCCACGGCCGCUGGGACAGCAACAGCAUCCCUGCUCGGUCUGGGGAGCCCCCCCAGGUGCCCCCCGCAGUGCUGCCCAGGCUUCAGGGACUGCUGGGCCGGUGCUACCUGAGCUCUGUGAACGGACAGUGUGCUAAUCCUCUGCUGGAGCUGACCGUCCAGGAGGACUGCUGUGGCAGUGUGGGAGCCUUCUGGGGGGUCACCUCCUGUGUUCCGUGCCCACCCAGACCAGCCUCCCCUGUGAUUGAAAAUGGCCAGCUGGAAUGCCCCCAGGGGUACAAGAGACUGAACCUCACUCACUGCCAAGAUAUCAAUGAGUGCUUGACCCUGGGCCUGUGCAAGGACUCGGAGUGCGUGAACACCCGGGGCAGCUACCUGUGCACCUGCAGACCUGGCCUCAUGCUGGAUCCUUCGAGAAGCCGCUGUGUAUCGGACAAGGCCGUCUCCAUGCAGCAGGGACUGUGCUACCGGUCGCUGGGGACUGGCACCUGCGCCCUGCCUUUGGUCCAGCAGAUCACCAAGCAGAUAUGCUGCUGCAGCCGUGUGGGCAAAGCAUGGGGAAGCAAGUGUGAGAAAUGUCCCCUGCCUGGCACAGAGGCCUUCAGGGAGAUCUGCCCUGCUGGCCAUGGUUACACCUACUCAAGCUCAGACAUCCGCCUGUCCAUGAGGAAAGCUGAGGAAGAGGAACUGGCCGGACCCUCGAGGGAGCAAAGGCAGAAGAGCAGUGGACCCCUGCCCCAGCCAGCAGAGAGGCAGCCACUCCGGGCAGCCACUGACACCUGGCUUGAAGCUGGGACCAUUCCCGAUAAGGGUGACUCUCAGGCUGGUCAGGUUACAACCAAUGUCACCUACUUACCUGCCUGGAUCCCAGGGGAUGACAUCGGAAGACCAACAUCACCACUGCCUGGACAAGGGAUUCCAGAGACUUGGGAAGAAGAGCAAGUGACCCACUCUACUGAUGUGCAAGUGACGCUGGGUCCUCCAGGCAUUGAUAGAUGUGCUGCUGGAUCCACCAACAUCUGUGGCCCUGGAACCUGUGUGAAUCUCCCAGAUGGAUACAGAUGUGUCUGCAAUCCUGGCUUCCAGUUGCACCCCAGCCAGGCCUACUGCACAGAUGACAAUGAGUGUCUGAGGGACCCCUGCACAGGGAAAGGGCGCUGUGUCAACAGCGUGGGCUCCUACUCCUGCUUCUGCUACUCCGGCUAUACAUUGGUCAUCUCGGAGGCCACACAGGAGUGCCAAGAUGUAGACGAGUGUGAGCAGCCAGCGGUGUGCAGCGGGGGGCAGUGCAGCAACACGGAGGGGUCCUAUCACUGCGAGUGUGAUCAGGGCUACACCAUGGUCAGGAAGGGACGCUGCGAAGAUAUUGAUGAAUGCCGUCACCCUGGCACCUGCCCUGAUGGGAGAUGCAUCAACUCCCCUGGCUCCUACACUUGCCUGGCCUGUGAGGAGGGCUACAGGGGCCAGAGCGGGAGCUGUGUAGAUGUGAAUGAGUGUCUGGAUCCCGGGGUCUGCACGCAUGGAAGGUGUAUCAACCUAGAAGGCUCCUUUAGAUGCUUUUGUGAGCAUGGCUACAAGGUCACCUCAGAUGAGAAGGGUUGCCAAGAUGUGGACGAGUGUGCCAGCCGGGCCUCGUGCCCCACAGGCCUCUGCCUCAACACCGAGGGCUCCUUCACCUGCUCGCCCUGCAAGAGCGGGUACUGGGUGAAUGAAGAUGGCACUGCUUGUGAAGACCUGGAUGAGUGCACCUUCCCUGGAGUCUGCCCGACAGGAGUCUGCACCAACACUGUGGGCUCCUUCUCCUGCAAGGACUGCCGUGAGGGGUACCGGCCCAGCCCCCAGGGCCGCACCUGUGAAGAUGUGGAUGAGUGUGAAGACACCCAGAGCAGCUGCCUGGGAGGCGAGUGCAAGAACACACCUGGCUCCUAUCAGUGCCUGUGUCCCCCAGGCUUCCAGUUGGCCAAUGGCACUGUGUGUGAGGAUGUGGACGAGUGUGCAGGGGAGGCCUAUUGUGCGCCCCGUGGUGAGUGCCUCAACAGCCACGGGUCCUUCUUCUGUCUCUGCGCACCUGGCUUUGCCAGCGCAGAUGGAGGCACCAGCUGCCAAGAUGUGGAUGAGUGUGCAGCCACAGACCAGUGUUUGGGGGGACACUGUGUCAAUACCGAGGGCUCCUUUGAUUGUCUGUGUGAAACUGGCUUCCGGCCCUCCCCAGAGAGUGGGGAGUGUGUGGACAUUGAUGAGUGUGAGGAUAACGGAGAGCCAGUGUGUGGGGCCUGGAGGUGUGAGAACAGCCCUGGCUCCUACCGCUGCAUCCAAGGCUGCCAGCCUGGCUUCUACAUGGCCCCAACUGGAGACUGCAUUGACAUAGACGAGUGUGCCAAUGACACCCUGUGCGGGAGCCAUGGCUUCUGUGACAACACGGAUGGCUCCUUCCGUUGCCUCUGUGACCAGGGCUUUGAGACCUCGCCCUCAGGCUGGGACUGUGUUGACGUGAACGAGUGUGAGCUCAUGCUGGCGGUGUGUGGGGCUGCCCUCUGUGAGAAUGUCGAAGGCUCCUUCCUGUGCCUCUGCCCCAGCGACCUUGAAGAGUAUGACGCACAAGAGGGGCACUGCCGCCCUCGCCCUCGGGUACCUGGAGCUCAGAGCAUCCCUGAGGCCCCAACCGGAGACCGAGCUCCAGGCCCCAUUCGCACGGCGUGCUACUCCGGGCAGAAUGGCCAUCUGCCAUGCUCCAGCCUCCUGGGCCGCAACUCCACGCAGGCCGAGUGCUGCUGCACCGAGGGAGCCAGGUGGGGGCAUGCCUGUGAACUCUGCCCAUCUGAGGACUCAGUUGAAUUCGGCGAGCUCUGCCCCAGUGGUAAAGGCUACAUCCCUGUGGAAGGAGCCUGGAUGUUUGGACAGACCAUGUAUGCAGAUGCCGACGAGUGUGGGAUGUUUGGGCCUACUCUCUGCCAGAAUGGCCGGUGCCUCAACACCGUGCCUGGCUACAUCUGCUUGUGCAAUCCCGGCUACCACUACAACAUCUCCCGCCGGAUGUGUGAGGAUCACAAUGAGUGCCAGGACAUGGCCUGUGAGAACGGCGAGUGCGUGAACACAGAAGGCUCCUUCCACUGCUUCUGCAGCCCCCCGCUCACCCUGGACCUCAGUGGGCAGCGCUGCGUGAACAGCACCAGCAGCACAGAGGACCUCCCAGACCAUGACAUCCACAUGGACAUCUGCUGGAAAAAAGUCACCAAUGAUGUGUGCAGCCAACCCCUGCGGGGACACCGCACGACCUACACGGAAUGCUGCUGCCAGGAUGGCGAGGCCUGGAGUCAGCAGUGUGCUCUGUGUCCCCCAAGGAGCUCUGAGGUCUAUGCUCAGCUGUGCAACGUGGCCCGGAUUGAGGCAGAGCGGGAAGCUGGAAUCCACUUCCGGCCUGGCUAUGAGUACGGCCCAGGUCCAGAUGACCUGAACUAUGGCCUCUAUGGCUCAGACAGUGCCCCCUUCUACAACUACCUGGGCCCUGAGGACAUCAUGCCUGAGCCCCCAUUCCCCAACAUGGCCAGCCACCUGGGGGACCUCACACCAGUCCUUGAGUCUCCUCUGCAGCCAUCUCAACUCCAGCCCCACUACAUGGCCAGUCAUCCAGAGUCCCAAGCCGCCUUCGAAGGGCUUCAGGCAGAAGAGUGCGGCAUCCUAAAUGGCUGUGAGAAUGGCCGCUGCGUGCGCGUGCGGGAGGGUUACACCUGCGACUGCUUUGAGGGCUUCCAGCUGGAUGCAGCCCACAUGGCCUGUGUGGACGUGAAUGAGUGUGAUGACUUGAACGGGCCCGCUGCGCUCUGCGCCCAUGGUCACUGCGAGAACACGGAGGGUUCCUACCGUUGUCACUGCUCCCCAGGAUAUGUGGCAGAGGCAGAUCCCCCACACUGUGCUGCUAAGGAGUUGCACUGAGGGGUCAGUGUGGGUAGCUACCUGGAAAUGGCCUCCAGCCACAGGCAGGGGCCUUGAGGAUGCUUUCCUAGCUGGGAAGAUGCCAUGAUAUCAGGCUGGGGCCCUCAGCCUGGCUCCGACAGCCUUGCCUGCUUUCAUCUCUCCCAGCUUAGGCUUUGGCUGUGAGCUUCCACCACUGCCUCCAUGCCCUUGCUUGGCUCAGACACCACCACUUUAAUGCUUCAGCCACUGGCCUUGAGGCCCAGCACACCACCUAGCUUGGCCUUGCUAUGGGAUGCUUAUCAAAGGACAGCUGUCAUUCACCUCCCAACCCCAGGUUGUGCAAACAUGCAAGGUCUCAUGGCCUCAUACUGCAGACACCCCUUUCCAGCCAUGAUCCACAACCGAUGAUUCCACAACUGGGACAGAGGUUACAUCUGCCCUGAAUGGUCCUUCAGAAUCUGUGGUACAAGAAAGAGUUUGGGAGAGUUUGGGGGAUGACUCUAAUGCCCCCUCUCAAAACUGUCACCUCCACCUAGCCACCUGCUCUAGGCCCUGAUUUUGCCACAACUCCAUCCUGUAGCCAGUUCUGUGGUCCCAAGGAGGGGCAGAAGACACCCUCAUCUCAAAGAAGCAAGACUGGUAUUAGCUUGCUGAGUGUAGGAGACACAAGUGAAGAGAGAGGCAAAGAGCCAGAGAAAGCUGCAGGAGGGCCACAUGGAAAAUACGAGAGUCAGUACGGAAGAGGGAGUCAAGGCUUCAUUGCAAGUCUAAAGAAAAUCCUAGUUUGGGGUAAAUAAAUAUUCAGAAUCCACCCAGUGAUGGCCCCUGUGCACCAGCAGCAAGGGCUGCCACAGGACAGAGGAUCCAUCUCCAAAGACUUUUAUUAAAUAUGUACGUUUCUUCUAGGAAACAAAUCUCUUCAGGGCUCUCUUUUUGUGAAAAUCAGUUUAAUCUUCUUACAAAUAAAAAGGUCUAUUUUCUGGUGUGGUCAGGUUCAGCAGAAGUCAGAUUUCUGUUUUGUUUCUCCUCCCUACUCAGAGGUCCCUUGCCCUCUUCCCCUUCAGAAAAUGAAUGUCCAGAAUCCCUGAGUUUGCAGGGCUCCAACCUGGGCUAGCUGGGAGUUCAGAACCAUGGUGGAAUUAAAAAAAAAAAAAAAAAAAAAAAAAAA